UUUCCUUACGAACACACCGCGACAUCGCGACUCUCCUGCGUAGCAGCAAGUUGUGCUCCCAGAAGCUACCUGCGAUCUGGUGGUGAUCGAAGAAGAUGGCGAAGCGCAAGUCGAUGAGCUCCAAGAUGGCGUCCAGGAAGAAGCCGGCGCCCAAGCUGGACAUCACCUUCUGCUGUCCCUUCUGCAACCACCCCGACAGCGUCGCCUGCACCAUCGACCUCAAGCUCUUGGUCGCCAGCGCCGUCUGCUACAUCUGCGAGGAGGCCUACCACACCACGGCGCACUACCUCACCGAGCCCGUCGACGUCUACCACGACUGGAUCGACGCCUGCGAGAAGGCCAACCAAGGCGUCGAACUCCAAGCCCUGGACUCCCACAAACGACAGCGGCGAGUCGGCAGCGACGACGACGACAGCGAUGCCUGAUCGACUGAUCGAGUUUGCUUUCAUGGAUCGAUCGAUACAACGUCAAUCUAGUCCUACGUAGUUUGAUGUUUGAUCGUGUCUCUUGAAACUGUAUUGAUUCGAGCCUGUAGUCCUGAUCGAUCAUAUACCUGUGUUGCUGCGCA